CGGCGUUCAAAUGGUGAAGAAGAGUGAUAAUUUGCAUCAGCAGAACAGCUGAAACUGCGGUUUGUUGGUGUCUUUUAGGGUUAGCAGUGAAAGACGAGCAGUUUCUAAGCCUUAGGAACGCCAUUCUUGGAAAAGGCUUUUAGUUCAAGCUAGUGAAUAUGAUAUUGUACGUCGUAAUAGCGACGCUGCUUGUUUGUGCGGCAGCGAAGCCACAGAAUCAGUUUGGUGCCAGAAGUUUCAACCAGCAGAAUGUGGCAUUUAAUAGAAAUUUGCAGGUUCAACAGCCGCAACAACAGCAACAUAAUCAGCAGCAGCGGCAUCAUUCCCAGCAACAACAGGUUCAGCAGCAGCACCAGCAGUUCAAUCAACAUCAUCGACAGGCACUGAGGGCACCGCCUCUUCCUGUGCAACAGCAACCGCAGGCACAAUUCAGCCAACGAUUGCAGCAACCCUUCCCGAGCCCACCAAGACCCUUCGUGCCGAUUACCUCCUACAACAACGAUGUUUCAUACGAUGGAUCCUAUUCGUAUGGUUACACAACUGGCGACGGUCAGCAACAGCAAGCUCAAGGCUACCUAAAGAAUCCCGGCCUCAAAGACCUGGAAGCCCAAGCAGUGCAAGGUUCCUACUCAUACACCUCACCGGAGGGCCAGCUCAUAACGGUGACAUACAUUGCUGACGAGAAUGGUUUCAGGGCAGAAGGAGCCCAUCUGCCAACGCCCCCUCCGAUCCCCGAAGCGAUUCAGAAAUCCCUGGCCCUGAUUGCGGCAACUCAACCGGUCUCGCAGAAGUUCAGUCAAGCCUACAGUCAGCAACCGUUUGGCACCAAUCAGAACUAUAACCGUUUUGGCUAGUUGGGAUGCAGUUCAAAAGUUCUGAACAGAAUGGAUUGAUGGAAUGCGUGACCUAUUGCAAUACGCUUUACAACACUGACUCCCGUGGUAGUUACCGAGAUUUAGCAACAAUCUUAUCUGCUGUAGAAUAACUGCUACAAGAAGCAGCGAAGCAAGAACUUAUAAUGAUGUGACUGUUUUCCGCAGAAACGAUACCAAUGUUAUUUUCUAGUAAGCAGAAAUGACUGUUUUAGAGUUAGCCAAUUUGUUUUUUGUUAGAUUUUGUUUCCUCUCAAUGUACAUAAACACACCGGAAUACAUUUUGCCCUUGUUAAAGGGUUUCCAUAAAAUAUAAGCGCAAAUACGAAUUAAAACAUUAAUUCAACUGGAACACAA